AUUAAUGUCAAUUAAUACAAAUUAUUAAUAUUAAUAAAGGUUCACCCCCUUUAUUACAUUUGGCGUAGUCGGCAGGAUUAACCCUUUUGAUGCUGGGAAGUGCAGUAAUAACUUGUAUAGAAAUUUAUAGUGCAGCUUGUAUGGUAGUGUAGUGGCAGUAUUGUAGUGGCUUGUGCAGGGCAAACAUACUGUUGAAAGUUAGCAAUAAUGUUCUGUUGGUUGAAAAACAAAGUUAGAGGGGUAGAUGAUCAAACGAGCAACCUUCCCACAUGGGCUAGUUCCGGACCCUGGACCCAUGUUGCUCGGGAUGUGAUAGGAGAUCAGCAACUCUCUCAGGUGACUCACCCCGAUCACCUGUUGCUGAAUUUGGAUUUGUCUAUGUGUUCCAAGGAGCAGAAGUCCUCAGCACAAUUGGGUUGGUUGUGUUUUCAGGCGCUCAGGGAGGAGACAGUCCAAAGGGAGGCAGUUGAGCUUGAGCUGCAGGCAGUUAAAGAUCAACUAGCCAUAAUGAGAGAAUGUUUGCGCUCCUCAUUAGCACACAAUGAGGAGUUGGAAAUAGAAUUUACAAAAUAUGUGGUAAAAACUAUGAGUAACAAUCACCAUAGAAAAGAGACAGAACAAGAAGAAAAUGCUGCAUUAGUUAGAGUAAGAGCUCUUGUAAGUAAAGGAGACAGGGGGGAGUUAGCCCAGUGGUCAGGAGCACAUGAGGAAGUUCAAGAAGACAUGAUAAGACCUAUUGUGACUACAAGACAAGUCAGUCAAAGUGCAGGUAUUGUUGACAGAUCUUCAGGAAAUACAGAAGCAGCAGAUCAACAGUACAUUGAGCAACCAAGUUUAUCUGCUGCAGUAGUUAAGUUGGGUCAGCCAAUUUCCCAGGUAGGAGGAGAAAGUGGUGUGCUUACAGAUCCAAUAACUUCAGUACUCCCAAACCCACAUACAGUAAAAGAAGAAUGGGAAAGGCCAGACAAAGUUCCAUUUACUGCACAUAUGAAGAAUACAUUGCUAGUAGGUUCUCCCACCCAUUUAAAAGCCCCGUUGUUACAUAAAACUGACAUAUUGUUGGGUAGAUUAGAAUGUGCAGAGGAAAACAUUCCUAAGCAAAGGGUAGUAAAAGUCUGGGGUACAAAAAGGUUAAAAAACAGUCGCAGGCAAAUGUUUUUAGAUUUGCUUCAAUAUGGUGUACCAAAGCCUGAAAUUGAUGGUAUUCCCACUGCUGAUUUGUUGAAGCGCUCACAAAAGGUGAGUUUGAAAUUACCACAACCACAGAAUGCGGCAACCUGUAAUGUAGAGGACCUAUCUUUCCUUUUAUCCCAUACAUAGAAAAGGAAAUGGCUAAACAUAUGGGAGGAGGACAUCUAGGAGGUUAUAUGAGAGGAUAACUAGUGAUAGUUUAGGAAAAAUACAGAAGCAAAACAAUGUUGAGAAUGGUACAAUUCUACUGGUUUAGUAAUAGAACAGCUGUAUAUCGUAAAAGGUGUUUCUCUUUGUAUGUAAAGAAUUGCUGCCCCCUCCCUUUAGACACAGACUAGUUCAACUGAGGGAGUGAUUUAUUGCUCAAGAUAAGAGAAACAAAAACUAAAUGUUACAGUGUGUUUAAUUGUACUGUAUGUUAAUGUCAUAUGUUUUUUUGUUUCAGGAUUUAAGAAUCUGAUUAUUUUGAGUUAAUAUGUUUUUUAAUAACAGGCAUCAAGAGUUGAUGGAUCCAUUAUUUUUUACACUUUAUUUGUUUUGUUUUUAAGUGCACAAAUUUGUGCGUAAAGGCCUUAAGACAUGUCUAUUUUGUUAAAAAGUUUUUUUAAAACUGUAGUACUACAAUUAACAAUGAAACUUGAAAGUUUUUAACACUUUUUGUUGUAUGUUUCUGAGAAUGUGUGGGCCCACAUGUAUGUUGUUAUAGUUUGUCUUGUCUUAAUUUGACAAUGACUUAAAUGUGACAGUGACUGAAAAAAAGUCUUGACAAAAUAAUACAAAAUUAAGAAAGUUGUUAAAUUUGACAAAAACAGAUCUUAAAUGCUAAGAACUGAUGUUGCCUUGAUCUUUUGUUUUAUAGAUGUUUAUCAAGUGCAUUAACAAAUGGGUUAAUAGCAAAACAAUGGACAGCAAACAAGGAUUUGGACAUUGUUUAUCUUCAAUGGACAUCAGUACAAAGUAUUGAAGAACCUGGAAUUCAUUUGAAUGGUGACCUGGAAACUUAAAUGGACAUUGGUUUUGGACUUGGACUUUGGAUAAAUGAAUAUUUAUGUUUUGUUCAAUUGUUUCUACCGGCUGAAAUUAGCAUUGCAUACACUAUUGUACUAAUGGUAAUAGGAAUGUUAUGGCUUGUUACAUGAACUGUAAAGUGCUAGUUAGUGGGUUUUAGAGCACAGGCAGCACAGCUGAACUGUAUAUCUCCUAUGGUAUAUAAUAUUGUGCAGUGAACCUGCAGUAUAGAGCAGGCCCUGGCUGACAAUCUGUAGAUUUAGGCAAAUGCCAGAGGUGCUGCUGUAAGAUGCCAUAGACAGUCACUAUUUAUUGGGCUGAUGGGGUCUGUUUGGGUCUCUGUGUAUUUGAAAUGCCAGGGUCUGUUUUGAAAUUAGUGUCAACAAAACUCUUUGAUAAAACAGAAAGAGUGAAAUUUAUUAUUCUGAGGGAGAAAUUGUUAUGUGAAACUAACAAUGUCUGUAGACAAGCAUUAUGGUAUAAUUGUUGUAAGUGUGAAUAGGGUAAUGUAAUUUUAUGAGUUAGUACUAUGUUAUCAAUGGAGUUAGCUGAAUGUUGGCUGUAAGAGAGUUUGGACAACUCUAUAUGAUUGAAGUGAAAGCCUUUUAAAGACUACAAGUUAAUAUACAAUUCUGUUGAGGGACACGUUAGUUUACAAAAAGUCACUGUUAGACUUGAUAGUAUCAUCCCAAGUGAUUUGAAUGCCCUGGGUGAUUUGUGGCCUUAUGGGUGGAAUUUGUGGCUACUAGUGAUCGACUGAUAUUUUGGAAAAGCAUUGGCAGAAUGUGUAUUGGGACUAAAACUCUGCUGAAAGGAAUUCAGUUGCCAUUUGGUCUAUAAGAGGGGGGUUAGGUAGAAACAAAGUGCAUGGCAGAUACAUAAUAUAGUAAACAUAUUGCUUAUCAAAGAAGCAUUGUUUAACUAUGUGAGCUGUAGAGCCUGCAAUGAAACCUGCUCUUGGCCUAAUUGUUUUAAGCAGCUGAUAGCCUAUAAUGAAAAUGCAGAGCAAGAGGGAUGCCUAUACAUGUUUGCCACAUGAUUGCCCAAGAUAUGUAUCUACAAGUAGACACAGAUUUUCUCACUGGACAGAAAUCAUUAUAGAGGUGUUUUAUGACUUGGGAUGUAGGUGAGAUUUGUUUAAUCUUUUGUUAAAUGUAGUGUCCUUCAGUCAGAAUUACAGUCAUUAAUUGUUUAUUUGUUUAGGGUAAUGGGGACAACCAGUGAAUUCAUAUAUUGCAUUGAAUGCAGCAUGUUUGUGUAUAUCAGUUAUAUGACAAAGUCUUUUGGCCAAAAACCACAGUCACCGUUCUUUGGAAAUUCCCUAAAGUUCUUAAGACUUCACAAAGCGACUGCAUGAUUUUUUUUAAUCGUAAUACGUAAAUAGGUAAAUCAAUGUCCCUUAAAGCUUCUUCUCUUUAUAUUUGUCUAGAUCACCCUGUCAAACAGAAAUGAUAAAGAUAGACAGGGUUUCUUUAAUAACUUAUUCUCUUGCUCAGCCCAUUACAAAGGCACAGAAACAGCAGUGCUACAUCAGCCCUGUUACUAUUGCAUACAAUAGGGAGAUUACUGGGUAAUUUUGGCUUAGGGUGACCUUCCAGACCCAGUACAAUCUGAUUUCUACCCCAACCACUCCACAGAACCAGCCGUUACUGAAGUAGCAAAAAUAUGAAAUAUGGUGCAUCCCUCGCUCUAAUUCCCUCAGACUCCCAUCAAUCCUUCAGAGUGGAACCGUUCUCCUAGUGUCUCAUUCUUUGAAUAUUGUUUAAAGCUCCACAUAUUUGAAGGUAUUCUUGUACAUUUUAUUUAUGCAUUUACUUUUGUUCUUCUUUCAGUUUCAGCUCAGCUGCCACUGACAAACGUCAGCUCUCCAUCACCAAAGAAUAUUGGCCCAAAUUAUUCCCAGCCUAUUAUUGCUUGUGUGGUUCUUCUGCUCCUCCUCCUGCUGCUGGGUCUGGCCGGCUUUCUCUACAAAUGGCCUGAACUAAGAAUAAGCAGCAGGGGGCGUGGCUUGCCUGCACGCUUGAUGGCUGUGUGAUUCCGGAGCUCCGGGACAGUCGACCAGCGUGGGCACCUGUAAAGUAAAAAUAAACAUGGGGAAACCCCAAAAACAAAGGCCCGGAGCGAGACAGGCAGGCAGAGAAGCGACAAUCACCUGCACAAGCCGAGAUAGCGCCGCUGUUUAUGAAAAAAAAAAACGGACCGAUCGGCACCCAAGAUGGCGCCCAUAACUGAAAAUGAAGAGAGAGCAGGGAGCGAUACAGACACGCGCCAGGAACAGUCUGAAUUAGAAAGUGAAGCAGAAGAAGAGCAGGAUAUACAUACUUACCUCACGAAUCUCCCAUCCAAAACGGACAUAAAAAAUAUGCUGCACGAGGUCACAUCCACUAUCAAGGAGGAGCUGCAGGAAAUAAAAAAAGACUUAAUCUCACUGGCAGGGAGAGCUGAGGACCUGGAAGCCAACCAAAGUAAGCUGAUUGCCAACCAGAAAUCGCUUUACAAAACUACCCAGACACAUAACCUGCUAAUAACAGAAAUGCAACGUCAACUAGAGGACCAAGAAAAUAGAAGCAGACGCAAUAACAUAAGAGUCAGAGGGAUCCAAGAAUCAGUAAAGACAGAAGACAUAAAAACUGCACUACUCCAAAUUUUCAAUAACAUACUUGGCAGAGACCCUACAACUAACAUAGAAAUCGAAAGAGCGCACAGGGUCCAGAAACCCAAGGCAGCACCACUUAACGCUCCAAGAGACAUAUUGUGCUGUCUGAACAGCUUCGCAUUAAAAGAGGAAAUACUACAAAAAGCCAAAGAAACCAAUUCUAUCACUUAUGACCAAACAGCGAUUUAGUUGUUCCAAGACCUUUCAAGAACAACACUAAUAAAGAGGAAACUACUGAAACCACUUACAGACAUUCUGAGAGAGCAAAACAUUCAAUACAGAUGGGGAUUCCCCUUUGCCCUAAUAGCUAAUAAAGAGGAAAACCAAGCAGCGAUCAGAACACCUAAGGAUACUCAUAACUUUAUACAGAAACUACAGCUACCAGACGUAGAUCUCCCAGGAUGGCAAAUAACAGAGGCAACCCCUCCGGACCUAGACUUCACGCAACAAGGAGAGUGGCACCAGGUCUACACACCAAAGAGGACGCCACGAACGCCAAGAAAUAGAACCCCAACUACCAGACCAACUUGAACAAGAACUUCACGCUUUAAAAGGACUACAGCUUUUCCGGCUCUAACCAUUUAAUACUUUUAUAAAUGGACUGAAUACUUCUAAAGAUGGUCCCCUAAAGCGCCUAGAUAUGGUUCUGUAUGUUUUACAAUACUGUUUUGAACAUGUUUAAUAGAUUUGAAUGUUUACAAAUCUAAUUUUUGCUAGUUUUGUGUUUCCUAUUGUUAGGGUCAAACGUUGAAUAUGAUGCCAAAGGAUUGUCAGCUGUAGGAUAAAAUGUAUUGCAUGCAAGAGAACAGACGCAGACACGAGGCCUAGUUGUUCUGUCCUACCUGAUUGGUGGGCAGAUCUUUAUUUAUAUAUUAAUUGUCCUUACACCAUGAGGAGAUAGGGUGGUCUUAUAAUUCCACCAGUCAGAUUGAAGCAUGUCCUGAUUACUUGUGGUCUUUUGGGACUACUCAUCAUGAGACCAUAUUUGACUUAUUCCCUAAUUACAGGUUUUGGCAGUACAUGUUAAAUCAAUAGUUAAUUCAAACAUUACUAUUUACUUAACUUUACAAAAUGUCAUUUAGAAUGUCAUUUUGUUAUUCAGCCUAGUUCAGAAAUAUUGACUUACACAAUAAAAGAAUAACAUAGUAUUAAAAUUGUUCUAUAUAGUUUAAUUAAUAUAUAUGUAUCCAUAUAACCUUAACAUUUCCCCUCUUUUGGUCAUUCUACUGACCACACUAAACUAUGUAACCCACAGCCCUAAGCUUGUUCCUAAAUGCAAUUAACUUUAUUGCAGCUCUUUUGUCGUGAAGAGGGACUAAGACCGUCUUCAAAACCAAAAAUGCAUUCUUGACCAGCAGAAUUUGACCAUAACUCAUGCUGGAGAAUUCUCGAUCCACCACAAUCCAAUUAAUUGCCUAAAAAUAACUAAUUUCCCCUCUUUAGUCUAAGAUACCAAACAUAACAUAAUAAACUCAAUCCCCAUACGGUUCCACUCCAAGUGUUUAGUAAUGUUCUUUUUGGUGAAAGGUAGCCGUUUGUUCCAUCCUCCAGUGUUACUGUAAAACAUUGGAAAAUAUGUCGUCUCCGCUUUGGUAUUGGCUUCAGUGUUAUCCCAAGUACUAUUUACUGAUGUUAUAAUGCCAAUAGAAAGUUGUUUCGUGUAAACACAAAACCAGCUAUAUAUGUCCUUGCAAGUUCCUGUUAGCAACCACUUUGAUGUACGUCUUAUGGAGAUAUGGAAUAUGCCACCAUAGUUAAAUUGCAGAUUGAAGCAAGAAUGAUUUGAUUCUCGUAGAAAAUUUUCAUUGUCAACAGAAAAUUGUUCCUUUCAUGUCAUUAGUUGAGCAGACGGAUAUCAUGAUGAUUGCAAAUAUUUUCCACAUUAUCAAAAAGGAACAAUUCCAACUAGGAGAAAAUUAAAAACACAUUCAUAAUUCUGUAUCAUUGAAAGUAUUGGAAUCAAAGUUAUCAACAUUAACACGAUAAAUGUGCUGAUUCCUAGUUUUAAUGUAACGAUUUAGGAAACACAGAGUUAAUUUGUAAAAUAUGUAAAGCAUAAGUAUUAUAAUCAGUAACAUUAUUAAUAAUGCUCCUACUUGUUUAAAAAAAAAAAAACUUCCAAUGGAUCCAAAAAUUUCGCCAAUUUUGAAUCCCUUGUAAUUGUUUCACCUUAUUUAAAUGACCUUGUACUAUAUCUUCAUUAUCAUCUAUCCAAGUACAACAGUCUUGUUUAAGGAUAACUUGACACAUCCCUCCUUCUGAAGCCAAGAUGUAAUCAAGCGCUAAUUUUUUAUGAAGGGCUAACUUGCUCAUCUGAGCUAUUUCAACCUGAAUUUGCAGUAAUUGCAGCAGUAGUUUCAUUGAACAUUUUGUCAACAAUACCAGGUAGCAAUGGUACAAGUACCGUAACUAUUUUCUGGCAACCAAGUAUAUGCACAUGAUCCACAGACAAAAUAAUAAGGUGGUUUGAGUGUUAUCAAAUCAUCACUAAACAUUGCUGUAGAUAUUGAUUUAUUAAUUCCUGCAUCAAUCCCGGCUAAUGCAAUCUUAAAUAAAUUACACCAUUCAACUUUUGUCAAGGAUUCUGGCUGCGUAAAAUUACACUCUGUUUUGUUAAUACCUUCCUCAUAUGGAUAAUUCAUCCACUCAUUUUCUGGUUGUCUGGCCUGUAGAAAUAUACUAAGGCCAAUCAUUAGCUUCCAUAUAUCAACCAAACUAAUCAUUGCUUAUUCUGAACUAUUUUCCCCAUAUCAUUUUAAAAGUAUAAUUUCUGCCAUUUUGAGUAGGUUUCAAUUGGCCUAGAUGUAACGGAUUUCAUUUUUCUGUCUUAUUAAUACUUAUGAAUAUUGGCAGGGUCUUAUCAGUGAUUAGUUUAGCAAUUGGAAGUCUCCAGGCUUUCUUUCUUUCCCUAAAGUCAUAUUGUUGUAAGUAAUAUUUUCAGGUUGUAACACAUACAAAGAAAUUGGCAAUGCUAUCAUAGGAAGACUUUUUGAAUCAGUAGGCCUAUUCCCACAAAUCCAAUAAUUAGUACGGUUAGCUUCUUCAGCUAUCCUCCUUUGUAAAUUCAUAUUUAAAUUAGGCUCUUCAUAAAAACAACGUUUGCUUGAGACGUAAGUAAUAAUCCCCAAAAGUAAAAACAAAAAAAAAAUAAAAAAAGUAAUGAAUACCUGCACAUGACCUCAGAUAAUAUUCUCUUUGCAGUAGUUUUUGCAGUGGCUUUGGCAACUGGCCAGGCUUCUGGCCAUCCUGAAAACAUAUCAAUACAUACCAAAAUAUACUUAUAUGUCCCCACUCUGGGUAGCUGGUUGUAGUACAUUUGUAGUCUUUGGAAGGGUAGUCUGGCUUAGGUGAGUGUCGUCUUGGAGUUUUGACUACUUGGCCUGGAUUAUGACGUAAACAGGUAACACAA